AUGGCUCUUUUCUUAAACCGCAUCAGAUCGGCGUCGCUCUUCACGUUCACUGUAUCCUUCAUCUUCAUCUUCGCACUCGCCCAAGGCUUACGACCUUCUGAUCAUGGCCUACAGUAUCAGUUCAGCUCACCACCGACUGAAUCUCACUCACCUCCCGAGAAAAUGAUGUCCUUCUUCGGAGAUUCCCACUCUCCUCCUCCUCAGCUCCUCCCAAAAGCUUCGGAGGCAGACGGCGAAGACGAUGACUCGUGGUGGCGUGACGGAGCCGAGAACAGACGUGAUCACGUGAUGAGGCACGUGUUUCUUGCGGCGAGUAUCAUCUGCGGCGUCUCCGGUGUUGCGCUUCUUGUGGUUUUCACUUUGGUUUACUUCUUUAGGUAUCGAAAACAAGAUCCAUCCAACUUACCCUGUAACGAUGAUUUAAGGUAG